CCCACCCUUCCCUACCCUACCUCGCCUUUUCUCGUCUCAUCACUUCUCUCUCUCUUUCUUCUGUAACCGAAAAACUCUUGAGUCUUGACAGAGCCAGACGCAACCCGCACGGAGAUAUGGCGCCUCGAGAUAAACCUAACGGUAACGGUGGUGGCAAGGGUGGGAACGCUGGGUGUAACAGUAACGGCAAGGAGGUGCAUUUCAGGGGUGUGAGGAAGAGACCGUGGGGGCGCUACGCCGCUGAGAUCAGAGAUCCCGGGAAGAAGAGUCGUGUCUGGUUAGGAACGUUUGAUACGGCGGAAGAGGCGGCCAGGGCUUACGAUGCCGCCGCUAGGGAAUUUCGGGGUUCCAAGGCUAAGACUAACUUUCCUUUACCGUCUGAGAGUAAUAACAACCAGAGCCCGAGCCAGAGCAGUACCGUCGAGUCUUCCAGCCGGGAAGGGUUUUCCCCGGCACCGGUCGCGGCGCCGUCGUCGUUGGAGAUUGAUCUGCUACACCGCGGUGCCGGAGGUGGCGGUGUCGGAGGUGGUACUGCUGGUUUCGCUGUUCGAUUUCCUUUCCAUCACCAACACCAUGUGUCGCCCACUGCUGCUGCCGGGGUUUUGCCGACCGCACAUCCAUUUUUCUUUUUUGACGCGAUUGUUCGGUCGGAGAAUAUGACCCACCACCAUCCUCUGAGGUUCGACCCCGCGGCUGCUGAGUACCAGGCCGCUUUUGCUGGUGGUGGGGUCCAGAGCGACUCCGACUCGUCAUCCGUCGUUGAUUUCAACCAUCAUGAUGAACUUAUCCCCAGGAGGGGGGUCCUUGAACUUGAUCUCAACCUUCCUCCACCGGAGGUUGCAUGAUCUCGCCGGAUUUUUUAGAUCAUCAGGUCGCCUUCGCCGGUUUCAGAUCGGGACCCACCUAGUUAUUUUUCCAAGUUCCUCGUUAUUUUCAUUACCCAGCAAGUUCGUUCUUUUUAAAACUAAAAGGAAAACGAAAAAAAAAUAGAGAGCGAGCCAAGAGCACAGCCUGUUUAAUCAAUGUUGGAGCUGUUCAUCGCUCUGGGAGCCUUGCGUUGAGAUUCGAUGUAAAUACAUAACCGAUCAUUUUCCUCCUUUCAUUCCUUAAUCUAUUUUUCCAACUGAGAAAUCGUUUGUGUUUCUCAAAUGUUGUCAUCAUCACUGAAACUGCUACUGUUUUUGUAACUCAACUCUUUCACAAGAGUUUCUUCCAUGGAUCAAUGAAUUAAUCCAUUAUUUUUCUUACUCAA